AAAGCGAACACGGUAAAUGUUGCCAAUGUGAUGAAUAAGCUUUUUGUUUCAUCAAACAAUGUUGUACAGUGUCCAUUGCAUGAACGUUGGGUUAUUUUUUAUAAAGAUAUCCACACACGUGCUUUUGGUGUGCUUAGAUAACCGAUCUUUAUUCCUAUUGGCUGGUAGGUGCACUAUAAGCACUUCCUACGUCCAAUCGCAGACAUCAAAGCUCACAGAGUAAUUAACCUCAAAGAGCCGGGAGUGGCGUUUAAGUGCGCGCGCGCCCCGUGCAGAAUAAAAGCAGUUCAGAGGCGUGUGAAGUUGAACAAUUUCAGUACAGCUUGUGCGUUUCACUUUCUUUCGUCUUCAGGAGCCUGUAGAGAGAGGAAAAAAAACGUUACUUCUUGUCUUAAUUUAUAAUUUGUUAUAUCAUGAAUGGUAUAGAAAUGUCUUCAGAUAUGCCGGAUAUAUUUAAAGCCCUGCUUGAGCAACCUUUCUCCUUCAUCACUUUCAAUGACGACGAAAAUGAGAAAGAAAAGCUUUCAGGAGAUGAAUUGGACUCUGGAGGAGGAGUCAGUGGACUGGGGCCAUCAGCUGCCUUGACCCCUGCUAUCUGGGACAAGACAAUUCCAUAUGAUGGCAAAACCUUUCAUCUUGAGUACAUGGAUCUCGAGGAAUUUCUUAUGGAGAAUGGUAUCCCUGCUUCUGAACAAGUGCAGCAGAAGAGCCUUUCCAAAGAGAGCUCCAAGCAGCUGAUAGAGAAAGCCCCUACCAUCAUCCCAAAGACAGAACCUGGCCCAGCAUCUCCAAUUUCUCUCCUGCCAACUAUGGAGUUGGAAAACUGUGAGGAAGAAGUAAUAACUGUUGUAUCGAACCCUGAAUCAGUGGAGACCAAAACAGGCCCAACCACAGCGAGAGAAUGUCUGACACCAGACCCCAUUAACCCGGAAGAAAUUGAAAUAUCAGUGAACUUCGAACCAGAUCCUUCAGAUCUUAUGCUUUCCAGUGUACCUGGAGGAGAACUCUUCAACCCUCGUAAGCAUCGCUUUAAUGAAGAAGAUCUGAAACCACAGCCCAUGAUCAAGAAAGCCAAAAAAAUAUUUGUUCCUGAAGAUCAGAAGGAUGAGAAAUAUUGGCAGAGAAGGAAGAAGAACAACAUUGCGGCAAAACGUUCUAGAGAAGCCAGACGGCUGAAGGAGAAUCAGAUCACAGUCCGUACAGCGUUUUUAGAGCGGGAGAACCUCGCUCUGAGGCAGGAGGUGGCUGAGCUGCGCAAGGACUUGGGACGCUGCAAGAAAAUCGUGGCUUGCUACGAAGCAAAAUAUGGAUCACUGUAAGAGUCUGAUCCUGGCAAACAGCUGAACAGUUUGUUUUGUUCACAAGAAGUCAGUAAAUCCACAUCACGACAAUUGAAACUAUUACUCACAUAUUGCCUUUUAACUAAUUUACUUUAUUUACAUUUUAUGAUGCUAGUCCAAACCUUUGAUACUCUUGGGGGAAAAAAAAGAGCCUUUUUUUUUUAACCCAAAUCUGGCUCCUGGGUAUCAGAUAUGGGUAUGUGUUUAGUAAAGUGUUGCAAGGGAUAAACUGAAGACUUAAAGGGAUUUUAAAAAUAAUAAUUUUAAUUAAAAUAAACCCAAUUAUCACAUUAGCCCAAUAAACCAAUAAUUUCUGCCUAACUGUACCUGUUUGUUUAUAUACAUUUUCGUAUUUAAAUAAAAAUUUUUGUACAUAUAACUGGUAUAAAUAGUACCUGUAGUCUGCCUUCAUAACAUGUCUAUAAGCAUUACUUAAAUAUUUAAUAAAGCAUUAUUGGAGUAUGGCUUAGGUCUAAGAUGACAGGUUUUAGGAAGUCUUUGCAUGGAAGCAAGAUAUUAAAUAUAUUUGCUUGAAGUGUAUUUGGUGUAUUGAAUUCUCUUCAAUUGAAAUAUUAUCAAUUUGCAAUUCAAUAAAACAUCACAUAUUGAUAGUCUUUAAUAAAUACUCCAACAUUGAUUUAUAGAAGAUUAAUUAAAUGUAUAUAAACGUCUUUUAUAACAGGCCUGUGUCGAUACCCUUAAAAUGUGUUACGUUGUGUGUUGGGUAUUAAAGAAGGCUGAUCAUUUUAAAGGUUGGCAACUGGAAGCAGGGGAAAGAGAACUAAGGUUGAAAUUGUGCUCAUUUGACUUGGUGCAUUAGGAUUGGCUGAUGGAAAAUCUGUAUAUAAAACCAGCAUGUCUUGUAACUGAAUUAUUAUUUCAACAUUAUCUUGAGUUAAAAUGUCACUUCAUCACUAACACUAAAAAUUGGAUGAUGCCUCUGUAAUUCAUUGAUUUCAUUGUUAGUUUCAUAGAAAGAUAAAUAUAACGGGUUAGUGCACAUUUUUCUGUGCUUUAUUGUAGACUUGUUUUAUCUGUGGUGAAAGAAAGGGGCUUUUCGCUUAUUUAUGAUCAGAAGCAUUAAUACCCACUACACAUGAUUUGAUGGCAGGGUUUAUUUCUCAAGGUAGAAAAAUGGCUAUACUGUCUUGGAUCAGAGUUUAUCAGGGACUACUUUGCAUUUCAUUAUCUGUGCAUUUACUUAAGCUGCUUUUGAUAUUUGUAGACUAUAUGAUAUCUGUAGAUAUUAUACAUUAACUAAUGGAAUUAUGUCUCUGAAGUUUUGACAACGUUUUCGACUAUCAGCUAAUAUAGUUGUGUUUCCUUGAUGUUUGUCUCAUACUUCACCAAAAGGCAAUUUUCCACCAGGUACUGCAUAAACAUUUUUUAAGCAAAACGGAGCCCUUUAAGUGUGACUUUUUACUGAGAUUAUUAUUGUUCACCAGAGGUUGGUGUACUGACAAGCUCCAGGUAAAUGAGCUCAGAAACAUGGUUCAAACUGCAAAUAAUAAAAGCUCAAGUUUAAUCUUGAAGGGAAAAAUGUUACGUACCACAUUUUUUGUACAUGUUUAAUCAAAAUUAUGUUGAAAUAAGGAUUUAUACCUGUGUUUCUCUAUAACUAAAAGGUCUGUUACUGAGCGAACAUCAUUUCAAAUCCAGAGUACAGUUAUCUACUUUAACAUACCUACCAGGGCAGGGAACUAACUGAUUCGCUGAAUCACGUUUGUGAGCAGAGAAAUAAUGUCUGGUUAAUAAAAUAUUGCUUUUGAUAACUGUGCUGAAUGUUUCAUGCUUACAUUUGUUAUUAAAGAGAUGUGUCUUAUUA